AUGACGUUCCAGCUAGCCGGUCGCCGCCACUGCCUCACCAUGGCAGAUUUUGCCGAGAUCUUGGGCGUCCCACGAGGGACAAGACAGACUCACCCUUCGAUCGACCCUGAUGCACUACAGGAGUUCUGGACCACUAUUGGGUCAGGUGAGUUUGAGACGGGGAAGAGCAAGUCGACCAGGAUUCGACACCCCGCGGUACGUAUCUUGCACAUGUUUAUUGCGGGAGUGCUGUUUACUCGUGGCGAGCAGGGGAAUAUCAAGACCAUUGAGUUGUGUCUGCUUAGACGAGCACUCCGUGACGCGUUCGACGGAGAUGAUUGGGCAUGUCUCGCCUUGACCUAGCCUCGAGGGUGGCUAUCCACCUUCACGAGAUAUCACAGGCGAAGCAGUUCACCAGGGUACCCAUCUACCAGGGAGGAAUAGUGCCCAUAAUAGCUAGGAGAGUGGGCAUCAUCCUGGGUUUCCAGUGGCAGAAACCGAUAGGGUACCCAGACUUACGUCUCGCCAUGCUCAGCGCGAAGAGGGCGAUCGACACUAGCACGACUGGAGGACCUCACUGGCGCUAUAUUGAUAUUGAAGAGAGGAAGAGGACAGUUCGUCUACCUAUGGACCCCCUUCCUCCCUUCACCAUACAGGGUCUACGGUUCCAGAUAGACAGAGAGGAGGCACCAGCCGUGCCCGCACCACCACCCCGUCGACGUCACAGAGAGAGAGCUUCAUCUCAGUCUCCACAGCCACAUGACCAUACUGGGGACGCCUCCUCAUCUUUUGUACCAGCAUCCCAGGAGGACAUACGGGAUCUCAGAGAUUUUAUACGUCAGGGAUUUGAUAUCGUUGGUCACCGCAUGGACACCAUCGAUGGCCAGCUAGACUCAUACGAUCAUCGUUUGGGCAGCCUAGAGGGCUCUAUAACGGCUAUGCGCACGCAGUUUGGACAUUACCACUUCUACCAGACAGAAGUGAACCGCCGGUACGAUUCCACCUAUGCGACGAGGAUGCAGAACAUCGUACAGCCAGUCCCUCUCCCACCAGACUACCCUUACCCCGGCCAUGCUUACAGACCGCAGCAGUCCUACUUUCCAGAUGUGUCAUACUCACCGAGGGCACCACGCAGCCGUUCACCACCACCACCGGGCGACACCGAUCACAUGGAGACCGACCACGUCGGAACACAGUAGAGUCACCAGAGAUUGCAUCAGGACCUUUUUCUUUUCCUUUCCCUUUUUCACUUCUGCAUUUUCGGACCUAUGACGUGCGUUGUUAGUUUGCUAUGUUGUCUUGUACGCUUAAUUGUUAUCGGAUUCACUUGGUCUUUGUGUGUUUUAAGCUCUUAUCUAAGGUUGAAUCCCGACUCGGAACAAAAGACAACACACAAUGUGGAAUACAUCAAAAGUGGAAUGCAAGGAGGCACUUUUCGACCUUGGGCACCAAGGUUACACAUUAACCCUCCACUUCGAUCAAAUUCUUUCAUAUUCCACAUAUUCCACCCCUUCGGAUUCGAGUACACCGCGGACAGUGUCUCAUUCAAGUCUGGGGGAUCACGAGGAUUACGCCUAGCUCAUCGGACGACGACGACUGGAGAGCAGCAGCAUCAUGUACGGGAUUUGUUUCCUAACUCCAAGGAUAUGUAUUUUUCGACAUUUUGUACGGUUUAAUUAUGACUAUUUGGACAUGUGUUGUUUUGCGAUACUAA